AUGAACUGCCUUCUCAUAUGCUUAAUCGUUCACAAAUCUCCGAAAGCCCUCGGCGCCUAUCGCUAUCUCAUGAUUUAUAUUUCUGUUUUCGAAAUUGGUUACGCGUUCUUCGACCUCUCAUUGAGACCUGUAAGUUAGUCGAAAAUGAACGGAUUGAGAUCAUGCUCUCCACAGGAAGUGGCCACUAAAGGAACCCAUUGGCUAGUGACUCUUGACGCUAACCUAACAUUUCUUCCAUAUCCAGUUCUCUACAUAAGUCUUUGUACGGAGACGUUAAAAUUGAACACCACUAGUUUCUUUUUCAGUGGCCUGGUGCGGCUCUUUCGGAAUUUUUUUGGCAAACUUCGCUGUUCACUUCAUUUUCCGCUACCUCGCAGUUAUUGGGGAGCAAAAGUGGACGUCUUCAAGCGGUUUCAGAUUCUGGAUUUUGAUGAGCUCUUCCGCAAUUUACGGAUUUCUUUGGACACUUUCUGUGCAUAUAUUCGAACCGCGCACUGACGAAAUGGACGAGUUUAUAAGGUUCUCAUAGCAUGCACAGUGUCUGCAGUGCCUGAUAUUUUCAGAACUGAAAUGUCAAGUCUGAAAGGAGUUCCAAUCGAGGAAGUUGUAUACGUCGGUUUCAGUUUCUACGAAAAGAUAUCGGAUACUGAAGAAGUUAUAAAUUGGAACAGUGCCGUCGGAACUCUCCUGCUUUCUCUAUUUAUCGUAAGGUCGGAAAAGGAACGGUGUGAAUGAAGAGAGUCAAUUCAGGCAAUCUCCUCAACUGCAAUGUUCUAUUUCGCUACGAAAUGCUAUUUGGCAAUCAAAGAGCUAACCGAUGAGACCAUAAAAUCGUCGAAAGCAAAAUCACUCCAAGCGCAGCUAUUUUUCGCGUUGGUGUUCCAGGCUUCUAUUCCAAUGGUUCUCAUGCAUAUUCCGUGCAGUUUAGUGUUGUUGACCACGUUUUUCGCGAAAACCGAGGAGUUCUUCGGACAGGUUCUCACAGUCAGCAUCGCUCUCUUUCCGGCUAUCGACCCGUUGCCAAGUAUGAUCAUCAUUAAAGCCUAUCGGAAUGCGAUCAUCGGUUUGUGUGCUGGAAUUUAUACAAGAGCAGAAUAG